GUGUACUUAAGUGCUGUAUAUAUUGUCAAAAUAAAGUUAACCAAAGGCAAAAGGAUUAAAGCGUGUCACAUUUGUUGAGUCAAAGGCUCUCGUCGAUAUGCAAAGUAAGCCAAAACCGCUGAGCUGGAUAUCAAGCAGAAGCGGUGGUUUCUAGUAUUCAACGGUUGCUAUGGCGAUUGAACGUAAUUAAAACGCAUUUUCUGGUAGGUUGCGCAGAAUAUGAUUUCUCAGCAUUUGCAGAAGCUGUUGAAGGAUAAGUCACACAUGCAAGCUUCUAACAGAACUCAUUGUAGUAAGCGCCAGAGUAAAACCAUUUCGGGCAUGCAGCUGCUCUUGCCACAACUGUUGCAUGCAACAUGGAUGGCGAGAACCGAAUUAUAUUAAACGUGGGCGGAAUACGAUAUGAAACCUACAAGGCUACACUUAAAAAAAUUCCCGCAACUCGCCUCUCACGUCUUACCGAAGCACUGGCUAACUAUGAUCCAGUUCUCAACGAGUAUUUCUUUGACCGACAUCCUGGAGUAUUUACGCAAAUUCUCAACUACUACAGAACUGGAAAGUUGCACUAUCCGACAGACGUUUGCGGACCACUAUUUGAGGAGGAACUGGAAUUCUGGGGGCUGGAUUCCAAUCAAGUAGAACCUUGCUGUUGGUCGACCUAUAGCAUACAUCGCGACACUCAAAACACUUUGGCCAUUUUGGAUAAGCUAGACAUUGAAAAUGAGAAGCCCACGGAUGAGCAGAUAGCGCGUCUAUUCGGCUUCGAGGAGGCCCUGAGCAAUGGCGAGCUUAAUUGCUGGCAGCGAUUAAAGCCAAAAAUUUGGGCCAUGUUCGAUGAGCCCUCAAGCUCAACGGGCGCUAAGAUCGUGGCUGGUAUGUCGGUUUUCUUUAUAUUUGUUUCUGUGAUAUCAUUCUGCCUGAAAACCCAUCCCGGUUUUCGCGUUGACCUGCCAACCAGCUACGAGACCGGCGGUGGCUCUCUAUUGGAUCCGUCUAUACCUCACUCGGCUUCACCACAUCAUCACCAUCAGCCACAACAGCAUCAGUAUCAUCAGCAUAGUAUAACGCCACCUAGCGGCAGUAUUGGUCCCACAUUUCGCGUCACGAACUACACAAGCUACAGUAUUGGUAAUUUAAGUGCCGCCCAAGCUACUCCCAUUGUCACAAUCAAGGGCUAUCAGCAGCAGCAGCGCCUCAAACGAGAAAUUCUCAAUGCCAGCUGCUCUAGUGGGAUUGACAAUAAUGGAGCGGGCCGGCAGCACGGGUGGGUGGAGACCUAUGGUCAGCCACAUAAGGCUUUUUUUUACGUGGAACUGGUUUGCAAUGUCUGGUUCUUUAUUGAGGUCAUAAUUAGGCUAAUCGUGUCACCCAACUUCUGGCAGUUUAUUAAGUCUCCGGUUAAUAUCAUUGAUUUUACGGCUACGUUAAGCUUCUAUACGGACGUCAUGCAGCGUAUGGGUGAAUACACUGGUCUACUGGAGGCCUUUUCCAUAGUUCGCAUAAUGCGACUAUUUAAACUCACCAGACACUCUCCCGGACUCCGCAUUUUAAUUCACACGUUUAAGGCAUCAGCCAAGGAGCUUACUUUAUUGGUCUUUUUUCUUGUGCUGGGCAUUGUCUUCUUUGCCAGUCUGGCGUAUUACGCCGAAAAAUUGCAGGACAACCCAGAUAACCAGUUCAAGAGCAUACCUCUGGGACUCUGGUGGGCCAUUGUGACUAUGACUACGGUUGGAUAUGGUGAUGUGGCCCCCAAAACUUAUCCAGGCAUGUUUGUGGGAGCUCUUUGCGCUUUGGCCGGUGUCCUGACCAUUGCACUACCCGUACCUGUUAUCGUUAGUAACUUCUCCAUGUUCUAUUCGCACACUCAGGCACGAUCUAAGCUACCAAAGAAAAGACGACGUGUUUUGCCUGUAGAGCAACCCCGGCGUAAGCGAGAACCACCGCCACCACAUCGUGGCCGAACAAAUGCUAUUAAACAGUCACCGCCAACCGUUCCUGGCUUUGUCCCUGGAACAACAGUGUCGGGGGCGCCACCUCCUAUGUUUAAGGAUGCUUUUGGCAGCGCAAAAAUAGCGGACUAUUUGAGUGUGCCAACAGUACAAAGCUUGCAGCCAAGGGCAGCGACUACUGGACACGACUUCUUGCUGCCGCUUCAGCCGAAACUAUUGGCCCCUUUGGAGCGAAAGGAUCAGCAUCCUCUGCAGCUGACCGCACACAAUUUGGCCUCGGACACGCAUCAACUGUAUGCAAGCCAAGCCCACAUACAUAAAAAAGGCAUUGCAUUGAAUGUCCCACCCACACUCAGCAUGACCCACUCACAGAUGCCGCCGGGCAUGGCCAGCAUGGGUCAACGGACGCCAAAUCUCAGCUACCGAGCAACUCACGCUCCCAUCCAACAGCCCAUUCCGCAUCAGCAUAACCAAAUGCAUAUGCAGUAUAUAAAACCUACUAUGUCUUUGGACAGUGAAGGGGAGUCCAGCAACUGCAGCAUUAAAAUCUCAGUUGGCGCAGCAGUUGUUUCCCGUAGUGAUGAACUGAAGACACCAAAAGUUACGCUGCUAGAUGAUAUAAGCGAUAAGGUAAACUCUUCGGCCGAUGAGUGUGGUGACAUUGAAUGCUGCUUUUCCGAAGUGGAUAACAGCGACGCCUACGACUUUAGGACCAAUGGGACCAAUGGACCCAACCUCCAGCAAGCGAACGUUCAGGAAAGCGUCGACGCUGAUAACAGCGGCGACAGCCUAGGAGGCAUUUAUCUCGGACCUUCUCAUUGAUUGGCAACCAUUAAAUGGGACUUUCCAUUCUAGAUGUAAUCGAAUGUUGUUUGGGAAGUAUUUAUGCAUCCUUUGUGUAAGUUUGUGUGAAUCUUUUUCCAAAAAUUGCUCUUACUUUACUUUACUUUCCUCUGUUAAGAUUCCUUCACGUGUAAUUCACUUUUUCGCAAGACACCACGUGCAUAUUUGUCAUGGACUAAGUUACAUAUAUAUGUUACAUAUGUAAGUGUAUAUCUACUUAUGCAUGUCUAUGUCUGUAGUCCACCUGGGCCUGGGACAACCUAUUCUCAUACAAUGCACAACAGCACAGUGACAGAGCAUAAGGCAAACAUAUCGUCUCUGUAGCCAAGAUUUGAUAGUUGGACUAGUAUAGCUUCCCUCACUUAUCCCAUUCCUAUUGUCCGCUCUGUUCGUGCGGCAAAGCUGUUCUUGUCACUUUAAGGUGACUAUUGUGUAAAUCAUAUUGGCUGCUCACUGGCUCAAGUUCACACACUUUUUUUCCAUGCAUCACUCCCAUUUUUGCGCCCAAACUGUCUGCUCACCUCGGGCUGGUGCCAGUGUAAAUGCUUAUGCUUCACAUUAACUAUUUCCAUUUCAAUAAACUAAAAACUGUUAAACAAAAAUGCUGACAGCAGAAAAAUAUAAUUAUGCCGAACUAUGCAAACAAAUUCUUCUGUCUUUUUUUAACGCUCAAAUGAAUGAAUUAAUAGGUGAGGUUCAAAAAUGAUAGUCCAAGUACUAGGUGCAUUUUAUUGUGCUAACUCUACCAGACCAUUCAAAAGCUUAAAUUAGAUAUAUAAAUGAUUGCAAUGUUGGAAAUACAGGCCCAUAAGUAAACCAAUAUACAUGCAUUCUUUUUUUGUUACAGUGUUUAAUAGUUAGAUAAUAAUAUAUUAAUUGAAAAGUAAAAUAAAUUAGUCUACUUUCUUUCUUCAGCAAAGGGUUUAAUAGAAAAAAUGUCUUUUUUAAUAAUGCCAUCAAAGAUUAAAUAUGUACAUACAUAAUUAAUCGUUGAUGCUAUGUUGGUUUUAGUAAUGUUAAGGCAUUUCAAAAUAAAUAGAAGAAGCUCCGAACGAAUAUAUGUACAUGUUUUGAAUUGUGAGCGCUAUACAUAUAAAUCACCCACCACAGGUUAAUAAAAGGCAGGUGAAUAAAACAUUGAUUCUUAUUAAAUCUAAAAGACCAUUUCGGAUAUAUGUAUAUGUAUGUAAAUAUACGUAAGAA